CAGAGAAAAGGUGCUAAACAAGCUCAAAGAGAUGGUCACCUCCUUUCCUGUUGUUAUGUUUGGCAAAACCUACUGCGGCUAUUGCAGACGGGCCAAGGAGUUGCUGACACAGCUGGGAGCAAUAUACAAUGUCAUCGAACUUGAUGAGGAAAGUAAUGGAGAAGAAAUUCAAUCGGCUUUGGCACAGUGGACUGGGCAGCGGACUGCACCAAACGUGUUUAUCGGUGGAAAUAAUCUCUUAUUCAGAGGAAUCAAGAAGGUAAGUUUACCCCUUCAGAUUAGUUCGGCGGAGAAUUUCUAGCCACCAAAUUUCAUGUAUCCACUGAAGCAGCUAGCUGCGGGACAUGUCUACAUGCACGAAACCCUUAUGGCACGAGGGGACAUUUCUAAUUAAUGCUUACAAGGCAAAUUGCCUCGGAUUGAGGGAAAGUUUGGUUGUUCGAUCCAUUUCCUCUUGGAUUAAUUGUAUGAAUGGCUAGAGCUAACGGUUUCCAGGUUGGACCAUGUCAAGCUGAUUCUGACACAGCCCAUUAGACUAAGGCCUGCCAAGUUGUGUUGGGUUAGGUUGAGAAAAACUCAUGGCUCAGGACAUAAUUCAGGGCCCUAAGGUUAUACCCCUAUGGGGUUCUUAGCAGAUUGAUUUGUGUGUUUUUACAAAUUGAUUCAUUAUAUGAUAAAAUUUUAAUUUUUAAUA